UUCAGCAACCUUAGCUUUCUCUAGUCCCCAUGCAAUACAAUGAUACUAAUCCACCAUAAAGCCAAACCCAGAACCCCAUUACAGCAGGGUGACAAAAUUUAAAUUUUUUUUUUUCUUAGGGACAUUUUCCAAAUUCUAAUUAUAUCUUCCCCUCCACCUUCUUCUGCACUAUGCUGCAAGUUCCAAUGGGGAUUCUUCUUCAGCCUUUGCAAAUCCUUUUUGUUUUUCUUUCUGUCUUCAGAUUGAUUCACCCAGUUUUAGCUCUUGAUCCUUUUACUGAAUCACUCUUGAGCUUAAAAUCUGAAGUGAUUGAUGGUUCCAACACUCUGAGUGAUUGGGUUUUGGCCCCUGGAGUGAAUUCCUCAGCCCAGAGCUCUCAAAUCCAUGCAUGUUCCUGGGCAGGUGUGAGGUGCAAUGAGAACUCAUCAAUGGUGAUUGGGUUAGACCUUUCUAUGAAGAAUCUUGGGGGGGUUUUAUCUGGGAGGCAAUUUGGUGUUUUUGUUGACCUUCUUGAUCUGAACCUCAGCUAUAAUUCUUUCUCAGAGAAGCUCCCAUCUGGGAUUUUCAAUCUCACCAGUCUCAGAAGCUUAGAUAUCAGCAGAAACAAUUUUUCUGGGGAAUUUCCUAAGGGCAUCUCGAAUCUUGGAAGUCUAGUGAUUCUUGAUGCCUUCAGUAACAGCUUCUCUGGGCCCUUACCCUCUGAUGUUUCAAAGCUUCAGUCUUUAAAAAUACUGAAUUUUGCAGGGAGUUAUUUCAGUGGGCCAAUCCCUUCAGAGUUUGGUUCACUGGAGAAUCUUGAAUUUAUCCACUUGGCAGGAAAUUUACUGAGUGGGAAAUUGCCACUGGAAUUGGGGAAGCUCAGAGCUUUGACUCACAUGGAGAUAGGCUACAAUUCAUAUGAAGGAACCAUUCCAUGGCAAUUUGGUAAUAUGAGUGAGCUUCAGUAUCUUGACAUUGCUGGGGCUAAUCUCUCUGGCCCUAUUCCCAGAGAGCUCAGUAAUCUCACCAAGCUUGAAUCACUUUUCCUGUUCAGAAAUCUGCUUGAUGGAUGGAUUCCACAUGAGUUUAGCAGAAUCAGUUCUCUAACAAGCUUGGAUCUUUCUGAUAACUUGCUUUCUGGCCCUAUUCCUGAGAGCUUUUCAGAGCUCAAAAAACUGAGCCUGCUAAGUCUUAUGUACAAUGAGUUGAGUGGCACUGUGCCUCAAGGCCUUGCAAAGCUCCCAGAGCUUGAGUCUCUUCUUAUAUGGAACAAUUACUUCAAUGGGUCACUCCCAGAAGACUUGGGGAGACACUCAAACCUCAAACACCUUGAUGUUUCAACAAACAACUUUGUUGGGGACAUUCCACCUGGGAUAUGUUCUGGAGGGAUGUUGUUAAGGUUGAUCUUGUUUUCCAACAGUUUCACUGGGGGACUCAAUCCAUCCAUCUCCAGUUGCCCCUCUUUAAUUCGCCUUCGCCUCGAGGAUAAUGCGUUUUCAGGUGAAAUCUCUCUGAAUUUUAGUAAUCUUCCUGAUAUAACAUAUGUUGGUUUGUCAAAGAAUCAGUUCAUUGGGGGAAUUCCCCAUGAUCUUGCCCAGGCUUCCAAGCUUCAAUAUUUCAAUGUGUCUGGUAAUCCAGAGCUUGGGGGGAUAAUCCCAGAAAAAACAUGGUCAAUGUUGUCCCUUCAGAACUUUUCUGCUUCUAAUUGUAGAAUCCUAGGAAAUGUUCCUUCAUUUCAAAACUGCAAAUCAUCAGUGUCUGUUAUUGAAUUGAGUAUAAAUAACUUAGCGGGGUUUAUCCCGGAUAGUGUGUCGAAUUGUAAGGGUUUAGUGAAGAUGGACUUGGCUUUCAAUAACUUAACGGGUCAUAUACCUGCUGGACUUGCUAGCCUUCCCGUUAUUGAUGUUUUAGACCUUUCUCACAACGGUUUCGAUGGUCCAAUUCCCUCCGAGUUUGGAAGCUCGUCGAGCUUAAAACUACUUAAUGUGUCGUUCAACGAUCUCUCUGGUUCUAUUCCUAAGGAGAAGAAGUUUUGGGCUAUGGAUAGCAGUGCGUUCGUGGGUAAUCCUAAGCUCUGCGGAGCACCAAUACGAGCUUGCCAUCACGGACCGGGGGAACUAGAACUAGGAAGCAGAAGGACUCAGAAGCUCGCUUGGGUUCUGAUCACGUGUGGAGUGAUAGUCUUACUUAUCACGGGUGCAAUAUUCGGGGUACUUCACUUCAGGAGAGGGGGAAAGGGGCAGUGGGAAAUGGUAUCGUUUAGUGGAAUUCCUCAGUUCACAGCAAACGAUGUUUUGAGGAGUUUUGAUUCCAAUGAUGCUAUGGAGAUGGUUCCACCAAUGCCCGGUUCGGUUUGCAAGGUGGUUCUGCCCACUGGGAUUACGGUUUCAGUCAAGAGGAUCAACUGGAGGCCGGAGAGAAUGACCAUCAUGUCGGAGUUCAUUAACCGGUUGGGAAAUGCAAGGCACAAGAACCUAACCAGGCUGCUCGGGUUUUGCUACAACAACCAUAUGGCCUAUCUGCUGUAUGACUACUUGCCUAAUGGAAACCUGUCCGAGAAGAUCAGAGUGAAGAGAGAUUGGGCAACAAAGUACAAAAUCGUGACUGGGAUCGCUAGAGGACUUUGUUAUCUUCACCAUAAUUGCUACCCUGCAAUCCCCCAUGGAGAUUUGAAGGCUAGUAACAUAGUAUUCGAUGAAAAUAUGGAACCACAUUUGAUUGAUUUCGGGAUUAAAUCAUUGACUCAAUUAGACAACAGUUCUUCGCCCACAAGAGCAAGAAGAGAAACAGGUGAAUUAGAGAUAUGGACAAAAGAGGAGGUCUACAUGGACUUAUACAACUUCGGCAAGCUCGUUAUGGAGAUCUUAACGAAUGGAAGAGCCGAAGGUGUAGAAGCAGUAAACAUGCAAACCAAACCGAAAGAUUCUCUUCUAAGAGAGAUCCUAGACGAGAAUGAUAUCCCGCCCUCUAAUGUAAUCCGGGAUGAGGUAAAGCUGGUUCUUGAAGUUGGUUUGCUCUGCACAAGAAGUCGGGCGUUAGACAGGCCGUCCAUGGAAGACGCGGUGAAGCUUCUCUCGGGUUUGAAAACCAAAUAAUGAGCACUUGCAAAGGGAGCUUAUUACAUACUAUAUAUAUAUAUAUGUUAGACACUGGCAUGUAGUGUAAUGUAGUAUAAAGCAUGCAGUGUGUAGAGAGUGUAAAGUAAGUUUGGUUAUGAUUGUAGCAGAUCAGAUGUUUGUACUUUUGUUGUCAGAUGGUUGAGGUUUAAGGUUUUUGUGAGUAAAAAGAAUGUGUUGAUGUAAUCUCUUAUCACCUUGUUCCCCCAUUGAAUUUUUGGUUUUUAAAUGAGUGGGUGGAACAUGAAUCCAUCUCUAUCGAAA